UCUCCGCCAUGCAAAAGAUGCCCCAGAAGAAAAAAAGGCUCUGGAAAGUCCUCUUCUGCAUCUCUGCCACUCUUGGAACUCGCUUGCUUUGUUGAGGCAGCAAGUCCACAAGACGCAGCUUCUGUGGGAGCAGGUGGCUCGCCUGAGUGCCGAGAUCAGCAGUGUGAAGAAGGAAGUUCAGCAGCUGAGAGAGGCAAUGCCCGAGACCGCUCUGCAGGACUAUGCCCACAUGUCCGACAGGGCCCUCAGAAGCUCAGGUGCCACCAUCGACAUCCGGAGAACGUCCAAGAGCUACGAGGGGCCAGAGCAUGGGCUCUGCAGGGCUCUGUGGUUGCUCUGCUCUGCUGCAAACCCUCCACAAACAAUUCUGCAGCCAGACGUGACUCCCGGACAGUGCUGGCCUUUCCAAGGGUCUCGGGGGCAGGUGGUCAUUCGGAUGCCUGCACCCAUCCAGCCAACCGCUGUCACCGUGCAGCACAUCUACAAAGCAGUCUCUCCGUCCGGGACCGUCAGCAGCGCCCCCCGACAUUUCACUGUCUCGGGAGUGGACGAGGAGGCGGAAGAAGAAACUCUCCUUGGGACAUUCAUGUACGACGUGGAAAAAGAGGCCAUGCAGACCUUCCCUCUCAAGCAGGAGCUUUCCAGAGCCUUUCAAUACAUAAAACUUUUUGUGCGGAGCAACUGGGGAAACACGGAGUUCACCUGCAUUUACCGCGUGCAGGUUCACGGGAAGGUGGCGAGCCAGACCUCCUCUCCGCAACCCGAAGACAUGAGGAGACCUCUUCUUAAUAAGAAAUAAAAAGAGGAAAACAAGCAAAGGCAGGCCCAGGGACAUGGCAGGGUGCACUGUAACCGGAGGCCUGGGGUAACGGCAGCUGCCGAGGGAGCACCCGACCCGGGGUAGCGGCAGGACCGGGGCUACUGUCACGGACCCAGGGCAACAGCAGGGUGGGAAAAUGGCACGCGAGGUAACGCCAUGCUCCAGGGUAACAGCACGGCCCUUAUUUGACACAGCAGCCCGGGAGAGCAGCACGUCAGUGGAUAGCUCUAGAGCCGGGAUAACGGCAAGGCCUGGGGUGAUGGCAGUCCUGUGCAGCAGCAGCUUUGGGGUAACAGGAGCCCUGGGGUACCGGAAGCCCCACCUAACAACAGCCCCAGGUUAACAGCGGUGCCAGGUAACAGCAGCACCGGGGUAAUGGCAGCUGUGCUGCAACAGCAGCCCCAGGCUAAUGGCAGCCCUGAGGUAAAGGCACCCCCCCCUCAGAAAGCACCAAACUAUGCUGGGCAAGCGAAUGCCCCGCCACUCCCAGUAAGCCUAGCCCAGCUCCUCCAGCUUGGCAAAAGACAGCCAGAAGAGGGGCCAGACUUGAGGAGCA